AUGGAACGCUCAAAUCUGGAAGGGAAACCGAAUAGCACAGUGAUCAAUGCUAGUGAAGGCAAUGAUGAAUUGAAUGAGAAUGGCGUUGUUAAUCAAGAGGGUUCCUUGGUCGAUGAAAUCACCGACGUCAUGGUGACGAGAAAUGAUGAGUUGGAUUUAAGACACGAGUUGCCAGAUCAUAGUGGGCUCAGUGAAGAGAAAAUCUCAGCCAUAGGAAUGAGAUUUGAUUCGCUGCAUUUGGCACAAGAGUUUUAUGCAAUUUAUGCAAAGAAAUUGGGGUUUGUAACUAAAGUUAGGAAUAUGAACUUCGACAAGAUGUGGAAGGACACAAAGAUACCCAUUAAUCAAUCUCUUCACUGCACUCGAGAGGGUUAUCGAGAAUCUCGUGUUAAGGCAGCAACUAGGUCAAACAGAAUAACAGCCACGAGAUGCAAAGCAAGAAUGUAUGUCAUGAUGGACAGGGAGAAGGAAUGUUGGGUUGUGUCCAGGGUAGAAUUGAGGCAUUCUCACCCCUGUUCGACUGAGAAAGCUGUCCACUAUCGUGAGUACCGGGAGUUGACCAUGCAUGCCAAGUGCGUCAUUACAGAUAACGAUGAAGCUGGCAUAAGACCCAACAAGAUGUAUCUAGCACUGGCAAACAAAGUUGGUGGGUCUUCAAACCUGAGUUUCUCAGAAAAAGAUGUCAGAAAUUACAUUACAAGCAAUCUCCGAUGCUCCGAUGACAAUGCGGACUUUAAUGGGAUGAUGAAUUAUUUCGUUCGAAUGAAGGAAAUCAAUCCCAACUUCUUUUAUGCCAUAGAUGUUGACGAUGCUAAUAAAUUUAAGAGCGCACUUUGGGUAGAUGCAAGGUGCAGGGCUUCGUAUGAAUAUUACGGAGAUGUGGUGUCGUUUGACACCACGUACAGAAGAAACAGGCAUGGUCUACCGUUUGCAUCCUUUGUCGGUGUAAACCACCAUGGAAAGUCUACUCUUCUUGGCUGUGCUUUACUUGGCAAUUAG